GCAAAAACGUCUCUCUCACAAGCGCAGUCCGAACCAGCACAGUGUCAGGGACUGGUGUUUUCUGUCAGCUCAGAGAUUUACAAUGGGACCUUACGUAAGCAGUUUUAUUGUUAUGUAGACAGUGAUAAAUGUUCUUGCAAAAGAAUCAAAAUGUAUCAUUCUUUUUUCUUCACUAACAUUAUAUUUUACAGCUCUGGAGGCUGCUAUGGUAUCAGUGUUCACUUUAACAUGUUUUCGUGGUGGUUCUAGAUAGCUUGAAAUAAUUCUGAAAUGAUGAAUAUAUGACUUGCAUUACAAAAAAUGUUUUACCUGCUCUGGCGAGGACACUUAGUAUAGAAAAUUCCAAAACUCAGAGCAAAAUUUGAGACAAAAAAAAGAAUAUUCCCCCCAAAUGGCUCAAACUUUAUAAGUGUGGUGAAGUGAAUUGAGAUGAAUUAUUGGACCUACCAGCAAUUUACAAUCCUCUCUUGGGGAUGUGUAACAACUACUGAUGACGUUCAAGCGAUUCGGACAAAAUAUACGUUUUUUGUCUCAACUUUUGCACUGAGUUUUGGAAUUUUCUAUACUUAAUAUGACUUUCAUAUAUUUGAACUAAGGCAUGAAGAAAUAAGUGCAGAGAAGAUCAUCACAGUUAAAUCAGUUAAAAAGGCCAUUUUCACGAUGACGUCAUUUUACUACUACUGGCAGAAUCCUUCAGGGUUUUGCUUUCUUGUGCAAAUUAGGGCUUUGUUAUUUAAACCCCAACUGGGAUUACCAAAUUUUUAAUAUGAAUGGCAAAACGAAAAGGAUUCUGGCCGUAGUAAUAAACAACGCCAUCAUGCAAAUGGCCUGUUCGCAACUUUUACAGUUGCGAAAAGAAAGCUUGAAAUUCCGGCUUACCGGGAUUCGAAUCACCGGUGCUGUGCUCUAACCAAGCUAGCAAGCCAAAUGGAUUGCGUAAUAUAUGCGGUAGAGAUGAAGAUGAAUUGAUAAAUAUAUGAGAUACUGUAACUCAUUUACAAAUCAUCCCAGAGGCAAAUUCACGUGUUUUGAGAACAGAAAAAUAGUUUGCUCAAGAUUUUUAAUGAGAGUUUCAGGAACAUAUUUUGUACUUGACGAACUGCAAAACAGCCAAAAACGUCUUUUAUGUCGCACAUAUCCAAGUUUGGAAAGAAGAAAUAAAUAUUUGUCGUUGCAUAUUUACGUCCUCCAUGGAACGUAAAAUUAAGAAAUUGUACGUGGUGCAGAGAGGGUUUAACAGUGUAAGAAUUGUAACAAAAAGUCUGCAGAGUUCUUGUUUUGCUUAUUAAAGCUUUUGUGGUUGUUAGACCAUCCCCUCGCCGUCGCUGUCAACACCUCUUAAACCCCCUUUUUGCGUAUGUCAGCAUGAAUUUUUUUCAAACCCACGCGAAGACCAUCACUUGGUGAUAGUGAUAAAGUUGUUUUAAUGUGUUUGUAGCUUGUGGUUGUGAUCCAGUGGGUACAGUAGCAGGAUCACAUUGUACAGCAUAUGGCGGACAGUGUCCCUGUCUUCCUGGUGUGGUGGGACGAACUUGUGACUCAUGUGAUGUUGGCUUUUAUGGAUUCUCUGCUGCUGGAUGCAAGCGUAAGUUAAUAAAGCUUUUUGAUAUGACAAAGAAAACCCUAUAAAGGGUUUCGUUUAUCUUUUUCUCACGAUUGUCACUUAGAUAUUGCCUUGCACACAAUGUCUUUCUUCUCUUAGUGAAGUAUCAUCAACCAAUGGGCCAUUUGCACAAAGAAGUCAUGUGACAUCGUUUUUAUGAAAAUGAAAGUUACAUGGUUUUUUCUUCAAAAAACAAUUAGUGGGACAUAUCUUUAACAAAAUAAUAGUGAUAUGGUUUUGCAAACCUGCACCAUUUUCUUAAAAUGAGUAAGUUCGUAGCUGGUCACGUGACCAAAAUGUGAUUUUUAAAUUAUGAAUUACUUCUUUCUGAACCCAAACUUUGCACUUAAACUUCAACGAAAAUGUUGAAAAGUUGAUGUGGGAACGUUUACAGCACAUCUGAGCGUAACUAUCAAACGUUUAACAAGAUCUAAGCAAAAAUUAGUUUUGGCCGCCAUUGGAGGGCAAGAGUAUGCCCUCCAACAUGGCGGCCAAUACCCCUGGCCAAUACAAAUGAUACUACUUUGUUGAAAAAUCAAAGUGCCAUAAAAUAUCCCCCUUAAAUGCGUUUCCUCUCAAAUUUCGGGUGUAAGAUGAUUUUUAUGUGCUCUGUCAAUUUUGGGCAUCAGCAAGAUUCCAGCUUAUUGUUUAAAGAAAGCAUUGGUCACGUGACCUCCUAGUGCAAGUGGCCUAUUAAAAUGAAGACUGAUCGAGAUAUAGUAGUGAAAGAGAUCAUCUCUGCUGCAUGGCUUCCAAGAAAGCGUUUUUUUUUUUUGCCACAUAAAACUGUUACUUGUCCGUGCAUGAGUGUGAUUUGUUAUGAAAUAACUUAGACACUACAGUUGUUAUUAGUAGUGUAGUAGAGAUGUUUUAGGCCCUUUUUUGUGGGGGAACAUAUUAACGCCGAUGAUGUCAUAGCCUUUUGUCUUUAUCUCAUGAAUAAAAUGCGGUGGAAUCUCAUUAAGAUAAGGUUAUGUGCUAUUGUUUAUUAAGUUUAACCAGCUUGACAGGUUUUUGAUCGAUAGUAUCUUAGUUUUCGAUUGGUUGACGAAAAAAGGUAUUCAUUGAUUGGUUCAUUUUGUCGAAGCAAUAAGCGCUAACUCGCCUUUGAUUUAAAAUUGCUGAGCCAUAACGUGAUUAUGCAAGUUCUAUUUUCUGUUGCUUUCAUUGUCCAACAGAUUUCUUUCUUUUAUUUGCCCCCUGGGAAACCACGUGACAUUGCUUUUAUCCCAUCAGUGCUUUAGCGCAUGCAAAGAUGGCGAUAUCGUGAAUAAGGUCUAUUGCUCUAGUUCGGGUUCACUUAUUCUUGGUGUGCAAAUCGUACAUAUUAGUAAGGGCGAAGGAGAACUGACUCUUUCUAACACAAACACAAUUUGUUACGUACCCCUCCCUCUUUCUUCUUCUCCACAAUUCAAUUAUUUCGCUCUUCCUCAAUUUUUUCCCUUCUUUUUACCUCUUUCUCAAUCAACCUCUUUUCUUCAUCCUUUGAAUUUUGUGCUAAUUUCAAAAAGCAGUAAACAAAUGAUAAAAAAAGGGUAAAAAAAGUGGAAAACAACUGACUCGGAAACGCAGAAGAAGAAAGGGCGACGAGGCUGGUUCACCAGUUAAGUAUCACCGUGCCCAUUUUUGUAACGUUUCAAAAGCAAAAUAUACGAUGUAUUGAUCCUUUCCUACUGUUGAUUGGGAUCCUGAUAGUUACAUUUUUAUGGUCAAAGAAUUGAGGCAAGUGAAUAACUGGCAUUGUAAUAGUCACGUUACAUAGAGAUGUGCAUUGGUUACAUAAUCAAAGCCCUUUCUUCUCUUCUUUUGGCGGCGUUAGCACGUAUACAGAAGACCAAUGUCGUGAUUAGAGAAAACGCCCUUAUUGGAAUAACAAUAUAAGCAAAUUAACUCUUCUCACUCAUUGAUAUCCUCGUCAGUUUUCUAGAGCUUUUUAGCCUGUUAACAGUAAAAAUACGCUAUUUUACCGUUCUUGUUAGUGACAGUUACUAAGUUUCUGUCUGAUUGCAGAUAAUAAUAUCAUUGCAUGAUGAAUAUUUAUAGCUUUUAUUCUUAUUCCAAUUAAAGAAGGUUAUUACGGCUGACGACGACAUUGGUCUUCUUUUCUUUUGGCGGCGCCGGCAUGUAUGUAAGUAAAAGAUCAAUGACGUCACUAGUGGAAAUCCCCCUAUAAGAAUAACAAUGAAAGCAAGUAAACAGCUAUCAGCCCAGAAUGUUCCCAUCAGUUAUGUAACAAUUUUACCAUGAUUUUUUUUGUGUGUGUUAUGUAAUAUACAGCCUAUAAAUAUGAUUCUCAACUUGUGCAUUCAGUUUUCAAAAGCUUUGUUACAAAGCGAUUUUGAGUUGUAUGGCAGUAUGAGAAGAAAUCGACAGUCUGCCUGGGAUCUUCGCGACAACAGAGAAACACGACUUUCAACAUUCCAGUUUCCUUCAGCCCAAGCCACCGCCAUCGAGAAUGAUCAGAGCAUGCGAUUAAGGUCAUCGGAAGACCGUUCUUUUGACCUCUACUCCCACAGAUCUCCUUCGUAUGAGGUCAAGCGAAAGUUUGGCGAUGUUGCAGCAAGAUCCUGCCCACGGUUCUCAGAUUACCAACCAACCGUGGUGUUCUACAAGGAUAGGGACACCGGCAGCUCAUCAGGCGAGGAAUUAAUCGCUUCAGAGGCUGAUAGAAACUCUUGGGCCGGCGCGUCGGUAGAAUGCCCUUUCGUGAUCUACAAAGAAAUCAGUAACGGUCAUGCUAUUCCAUUGUACACAUCAACGUGCAGACAAACGAACAAACCACAAACUGAGGGCAGACGAGCUUUUAAGACGACAAUGCAAGAACUAGCAUGCUGCAAGGAUUGUUCACACUAUCGUAGUCAACCAGUUCUCCAACGCUAUUCACAAUGGAUACCAUCCUACCAAGCGAGGCCACACCACAGAAAUUCACAUCAGUCAUCAAGUCCACAAGGCUAUCCUACUGAGAAAGUGAAGGCUCUAAGAAUCAGUCCUGACCAUGCACACUGGCCGUUUACUCCUCAAAGAAAUUCACAUCAGCAUUACCAAAUUCAAGGAGACGUUCAAGGAUGUUCAAACGAGUCCAGGCGCCCAGACCCCUCUAAACUGCAAGCUAAAGAAAUCAUUCGAAGCUAUUCACACCAGCCCCCGAGCCUUCACUGCUAGUCAAACAGCGGACAUGUUAUGCAGGCGCAAUCAUGUCGACCCGGACGUUAUCAUCCGAGCCACAGGCAAAACCAAGGACGCAGAUCAGGCUUCUCAUACCAACACUACCCUAACUACCAAGCCGACAGUCCAGGUUAUUCAUACCAUCCAACAGGUUACAGAUGGCGACCCUGUCGAUACAACAGCGAACACCUAUGAACAGCACCACUUGAAACAGCCAACAAAAGGCCCUUCCCAUUCACACCGGCCAACAAAGACAGACACCAAUAGGAGCCUAGCCAGGAGAACACCAGGGAAUCGGCAAAGGUUUUCACGCCAGCCUACUGAUAAUCAAAAAAGUCCGUGCACACACCUAUCAAAUGAUUCCCACAACCAUAUUUAUGACACAGGAAAAAACCAACCUAAUGGGGAUCACAUCUGCUCAGCCAAGACCGCCUCAGGAAAAGGAAUCCAUAACCCAUCAGAAGCCGCAACGCAGCGGAUUGGUCGUGAUUCAAGGCCUCCACCAUCGCAGCAGUUUGCCAGAAGGAGAAAUGGCACAGUAAUUUCAACUCCCGUGUCAAAAGGACGUGAAAGUUGGUCCCGCAUCAAGUUCGAUUUUCCCCAGCAAAGCCGAAAUGAACCUUGUGAGGCUACUGGAAAUCAGUGGCGACGAAGAAGAAUUGGUGUUUGCCUGGACACUGACGCUACUCAAGAGCAGCGAAGAUUUACACGAGUGUUAGCCAAACGUUUUUAAGAGGAUCCAAAGGAAUCCGUGACUUAAACAAACUGCAUGUAAAUAAUUUUAUUUAUGAAGUCACAGUAUCUCCAAGCGUAUUGCAUUAUUAGGGCCCCCAUCCCUGACGUCAGCAAUUGCAUGCCAAACCCAAGGUUAUACAUACGCCAGUACAGUGUAGGACGUCCUUUGUACAAAGAAAAGUUAAGUGUAAUUUUAAUAAUUAGAAAUUAUUGGAUGGAGCUAGCUUUGAUAUGAAGAAUUCGGCCUGAGUGGAUGACACCGCAGAUAUCUCGCACAUUCGGUUGGCCUACGCUCCAGUCCCGCCGCGACUAUCUAAAGUGCAUGCUAGUGUUUAAGAGCCUUCGUGGCCUGUAUUAAGCCCUUCUUGCUUUGUUGUUAGGCGGUAGUUUGGCUAUUUCUUCAGGGUCGACUAGCUCGAUUAAUGGUUCGUUUGUUCCCGACUAGUCCUUUCCCGCUGAAAAUGGAAAAUGGAUUAAAUUCAUCAAUUAAAAUCUUUUCCAUUUUCUCCAGGUCUGCCAAAACAGCUGAGCUACCGUGCCUUCUGCUAUCCAUUUUUCUGUCGAUAUCAGUACAAUAGACGUCACCUGUACUGAUAUUGACAAACAUAUUCCAAAUUUGGUCAACACCAGUGGUGUUAUGAAGAAUUAGUCGGGGGAUUUAAGCCAAUCAGAAAUAAAGAAAUAUUUUGAAUGAAUAAUGAAAAUAAUAAAUACCGCGAAUGCUGUAGAUAAUUUGAAGUUGCCGCCCAGAUUUUUCCUUGCAAGUUCUUUUUUUUUUUUAAUCUUCAGAAAAGGGCAAUGAUGAUCUUAAUCUUCAUUGUAAUAGUAAGAUUUGUAUUUAUUAAAAUCAUAAUCAUGAUGUCCGGCAUUUUUUUCGUCCUUGUUAACAUUAACAAGGAACAUCUUUAGACUUGUGUAAACAAAAUGUGUAAGCCCUGUGGCACUUGUGUAAAUAAACUGAAAUAAAAUGCGAAAUAUUUUCUGUCAAAAGAGAAUUCUGUAUUUCAGCAUAUUUUAUAGUCUAAAUCUUAUGAACCACAUAAAAUAGAAAAUAUGCAGAAGGAAAAAAAACACAAAUUUUGUCUAAAUCUGGUCAUACGAUAGUGGAAAUGUAAUUAUUGACUUUGCGACCUGAGCAAUCAUAGGGUACUGGCUGAUCUUGUACAGAGAGAAGGUUUAUAUCAGCAUGAGACGAAGAAAAGGUUGAUACAGAUAAGAUGCAAUCUAAAUUUCUGUACGAAACGUUUUCCUCUAAAAUCAGCUGCAAGCCAAUGGCUAUCAAAAAAUAUUACGAAACGCUCAACAGGCAAUCAUUUUAGUCACUAAAUUUUCCACUGACUUUCAAAAUAACGAUGUAAUGUGUUAAAUCGGAUGUUUAAGGUUACCGGAAGUAUACCUAUAGUACAUCCCCCAAUACCCUGCACUCUCGGUUUAGGGCGUUGAGAUGCCCCCAGAACCGUGUCAGGUUUUGUUGUUGAUGAAGAUCCUGUAGCAUCGAGGUGAUUACGUAUUAAAAGUACAGAACUUAACACGUAGGGACUAGGAUGGGUUGAUAGAGGACACUUUCGUGGAGGUUUUAAGCGGGAUUUCCGUAUGUUAGGAGGCAUAGUUUGGUGCGAUGCCCGGGAAAUCGAACGAGACUGAAGGUUCGGCGAGUAACGGCGUUAUAAUUUCGACGCCAGUGGCUGUAGAGGUCAUUGGUUUGCUGCCUUUUCUUUUAACAGGGGAUCCGCACUCCAUUUCACGGGAGAAGGAGUGACAACAAUAACAACGAUAGAGUAGGGGAACAAUGAAAAUGUGGUAGUGGUGGUGGUGUUGGUGGAGGGAAAAUAAAGAAAAUUGAGGCAGCACGGCACUCCGGCGUCAGAGGGACAAGGAAAAAUAAACAAAGAAAACAACCACCCCUUGUUGCUUUGUCCCGAAAAGAGUCUGCCUAUUAUCGAUUUGCGAAAAUUUGUUCCCAAAUCCAAGGUCCGAAAUUGAAAUCAGCGAAACUUUUCCUUGGGAAACUCAAAACCCCGAUUAUCUACAAAUUGAAAUAAAAACCUACCAUAUUUUCUGCCUUGCGGUAGCGGGAGACCGAACUUUCUGUUUUGCUAUUUAGUGUGUUGAAAAAUUCGAAAAAUCAGGAGAAAGACUGAACUUCGGCCCAUGACCUGCAAGCCUUUCUCAUUCUUCUCCAGCACUCUGCCUAGGUGUGUUUCGUCUGUAAAGCUCUAGUUAGUUCGGUCUCACAUUUUAAUUUUUUUCUUCACGCUUGAUAGCAAUGCAUAUGUAGGUUGCGUUGGUUCUCUCCUUUGCUCCAACAGGUUUUUCUCCGGGUACUCCGGUUUUCCCCUCUCCUCGAAAACCAAUAUUUCCAAAUUCCAACUCGACCAGGAAUGAUAGGCGAAGAAUCACUAUGUGGAUAUGCUACCUCUUAAACGCUAUUUAAUUAUUUAUUUAUUUCACUUGAAUUCUUUGUAGGUUGUCAAUGUUCAAUCGCUGGAUCGUUAAGCUCAGCCUGUCAUAUGAUCACCGGCGAGUGUAGCUGUAAGAGCAAUGUUGAGGGCUCUAACUGUGACAUUUGUAAGUCUGGUACAUUUAAC